GCGGGACUUCCGGCUUCUCCUGGUGGAGGUCAUGUGUGUUGCCCUUGAGCCUGGCACCUGAUCUAAUCCUUAGGUAUAGUUGGUGGAACUCAGGGAAAGUGAGCGGGAGGCACGAAAGUAGGUGUGUCCCUGUUGUGCCCAAGAUUGCGCAUCCGAGAAACCACCAAGGAGCCGACACUGAUGCAAACACACGAGGGUUUAUUAGCAAGCUCGAGCUCGGGUCCAAGUACACCCAACACAGUGGAGCAGGGACUUGGACCCUGAGAGGCUUCGAAGUGCGAUUGAGUGGAGUGUUCGGGAAACCUGGGCCCUGGCCCCAUACACGGAAACAGACUGGGAGCCGUGCCGCCGCCUGGGCAGUUAGGCCUUCAUUGCCAGGGUGAUGGUAGCCAUGGAGAAUUGAGAGAACUGAGAGACUUGAUGUGAGGAGGCUUUUUAAGGGCUGGAGGGAGCCAGUGGAAAAGUCCCGGAGGACACCAGGUGGGGAAGUUGAUCAGUGGAAUCUAUGGAGCAUCUAGAGUUACUCCUGAGGUUGCAAAUCUUUUCUUCUGUGAUUAAAUCGACGGACCCAUGGCUGCAGGAAUGUUUAUGGACCAUGCACAGCAGGCCGGACUGCUUUCUUACACGGAGGGUGAAGGAAAGAAGAGACAGGGAUCACUCCAAGAGUUUUGGCUUUUGCAGCUGGAAGGAAACUCAGUGCUAGCUCACAGCUGUUAAAUAUCAUAAAUCCUGACCCCGUGAUCAGGCUUUGGUGACUGCUGCCCUGCCCUGCUUUCAUCAUAAUCUCUGGCCUUCAGCUGUUUAGUGAUCUUCCUUGAGCCAGCUCCCUGAAUCUGUUUCAGGAGCUCUGGCUUGUCUCCUACACACUGGUCCUUAAGUUCUAGCUCUCUGUUGACUUAAAUCCUGACACCUGGUUUCUUAGACAGCAUCUCAGACGAAAUCUGACUUUCUGAAGGUCUCCUUGGAUCCUGUCUUUCUCCGCGGGGCAUCCCAGAUGUCCCGGUGCCCAAGAGCCCACUUGCACCAGGCCCAGGCCUCAAGGUAGGCUGGGCUGCUGGAGUGGUGAGCAGGAGGUGUGAGUGUGGGUACUUUAGGGUUGGGAUAUCAGCUGCACUUUGCCUCAGUGAGACAACUGAGGGAGGACAGUUGGGAGAGACAAGGACCCUCAUCUUGGAAGAGAGGAGAGGUGUGUCCUCUAGUCAUGCAGGCAUGGCUCAGCUGCUGCAGAUACUGGCUGCGACACAGAAAUGCUGCUCGCUUCGAGUGACCUUCCUUCUCAUAGCGCUCAUCAUGAUUUUCUUUAGUUAUAAGAGUUACCUGUACCCAAGAAGCCAGAAGCCAGAAAGCACCCAGGCUGAUGUAAAUCUGACUGUGAGAGAACACAGGGGCCUGCAAAGUGUGAAAUUAUCAAGGAUGCUAUAUCGCCAGCCCCAGGUGCUAACACCGGCUAGGAAAGAUGUCCUUGUUGUGACCCCUUGGCUGGCUCCCAUCAUCUGGGAAGGGACUUUCAAUACUGACAUCCUGAAUGAGCAGUUCUCACUCCGGAAUGCCACCAUUGGAUUAACUGUAUUUUCUAUCAAAACAUACAUGAUCUUCCUGAAGCAGUUCCUGCAGUCUGCAGAGAUGUACUUCAUGGUGGGACACAGGGUGAUCUACUACAUCUUCACUGACAAGCCUGAAUAUGUUCCUUAUCUUAACAUCCAAAAAGGAAGGCAGAUCAUCAUCCUUGAGGUCGAGAGCUAUUAUGACCACUGGCAGGACAUCUCCAUGCAGCGCAUGGAGAUGAUCAGUAAUUUUUGCCAGGAGCGCUUCCACCAGGAGGUGGAUUACCUUGUGUGUUCAGAUGUGGACAUGAGGUUCAGUGACCACGUGGGUGUGGAGAUACUCUCCUCCUUGUUUGGCACCCUUCAUCCUGGCUACUAUGGGCUGAAUCGGACUGACUUCCCCUAUGAACGUCGGCCUCAGUCACAAGCCCAUAUUCCUAAAGAUGAGGGGGACUUUUAUUACAUAGGGGCCUUAUUCGGGGGGUCAGUGCCAGAGGUUUACAAGCUGACCAAGGCCUGCCAUGAAGCAAUAAUGGUUGACCAAGCCAACCACAUCGAGGCCAUUUGGCAUGAUGAGAGCCACCUGAACAAGUACCUGCUUUACCACAAACCCUCCAAGGUCCUCUCCCCUGAGUAUCUAUGGCAGCAGCAGCAAAUGGAUCAUAUGCAUGACCAAGAAAUGAUCUUUUCCAAAAUCAUAAGGCGGAAAAAAUUGAAGGUCUUGAAGAAGAAUUACCAACUAAAAAACUGGAUUGAGGAGGGCAGUGGUCUCCGCUUGUUCUGACAAAGGAUCAGAGAUAAGAUCGUUUCCAGAAGAAGAAAGGAGGCCUUCAGGCACAGAUCACUACAAUAAGUGUAAUCAACAUCUCUUACCAUACAUAGUUACAGUUUUUUUUCCUUUUUUUCCUUGUGGUGAGAACUUUUAAGAUCUACUCCCUUAGCAGUUUUCAAAUAUACAAUACAGUGUUA